AUGGAACCUGGUGAAAUCAGUGACAGCCCUGAUCGGUGCAAUUUGGACAGUACAAGUCAGGCUAACGAACUUGAUCUACAACCAAGUUGUGAUGAUUUUCAAUCUCACGAUUUUGGAGGUAAAGAAGAUGCAACAAAUAGAGAAAACCUGUGCGUCAGUGGGGGUAAUGUUGGAGCUGAAGCUAGCACAGAACAUGCUGCUGGUGGUACAAGUAUUGGAAUCGAAGGUGGAUCAGGUUGUGACAAAUUUGUUAACAGUGGAGACAAUGUUGAAACUCAUAAUGGCCAGGUUACCGAAAAUAUGAAUGGCCAGGUUAAUGAUGAAACAGAAGUUGACAUGGAUUUGGUUGAUUCGCCUGUGCAUGUAAAUAUUCAAGUGACGGAAGUUUUUUCAGUUGAAGAGAAAGUGUCUAGCAUGCUGAAUGGUGAAAGCGGCAGCCUUGACGUGCCACUUGAGACUUUAAAAGCUAGAUCUGGGGUUAAGAGAGCGAGGACGACUUAUGAACAACAGCAACCUUCGGUGCAGGUCAUGUAUAAUUCUCUAACAAGAGCUAGCAAAAUAAAGCUCGAGGAGCUAUUACAACAGUGGUCGGAAUGGCAUACAACCAACAGCUUGUAUCUAGAUUCAGACGAAGCAUUAGAAUCUGGUGAGGAGACAUAUUUUCCUGCCAUACGCACUGGCAUGGAUAAGUCCUGUACAGUGUCUUUCUGCAUAGACGACCGCACAAGAGAUGAGCAGACCAAUGGCGUCAUGCCACUUGACAGCAACUCCGUACCCCUUUAUGAUCGUGGAUUUGUUUUGGGUCUGACAACAUCAGAUGGCACAAACAAUGCAGAAAGAGGUCUGGAGAUAUUUGGUGAUCCUGCACGGUGUUUUAACUGUGGGGCCUACAACCAUGCUUUGAGAGAAUGCACCAAGCCUCGGGAUGCUGCUGCUGUUAAUAGUGCCCGCAAACAACAUAUGGCCAAAAGGAAUCAGAACUCUCAUUCUCGCAGCUCAAUUCGUUAUUACCAGAGCUCAUCUGGUGGGAAAUAUGAUGGCCUGAAACCAGGUGUCCUUGAUGCUGAAACACGCAGACUUUUGGGUAUUGGGGAGCUUGAUCCACCCCCUUGGCUAAACAGAAUGCGAGAACUGGGAUACCCACCUGGAUAUCUAGAUGCCGACGAUGAAGAGCAACCGUCAGGAAUAACAAUAUUUGGUGAGGAAGAAGCCAUGGUCGUCAGUGAAGAACAGGAAGAAGGAGAAAUAAUAACGGGAAACAACAUUCCCGAACCUCCUCGCGAGCCACCUCGCAAGAUGAAUAAGACCAUUGAAUUUCCCGGAAUAAAUGCACCAAUCCCAGAGAAUGCAGAUGAAAAGCUUUGGGCAGCUGGUGGUCCUUCGUCUUCGAGUUCUGAUACUAUUAUUAAGAACCGGCCAUCACAACGUAGUGACCACUCAGGAGGCAGAUAUUACCACAGCAGCGAACAAAGAUGGCCUAGAAGAAGUUUCAUGGAUGAUGAUGGGCCACCAGGCGUUGACCCGGUAUCAAACCCUUCUAUGUCGAGUUAUCCUCCAAGACAUGGAAGUUACCGUGCAAGUCAAUAUGGUUUGGACAGCCCUAGAGAACUCAUGCCUUCCUUUGCAAGGUCGCACUCUGAUAGAGAAAUGAGGAGCCCUCCCAGGUAUGAAGAUUCUUUUGGGAGUCACUCCUCAUACCACCACUCGUACCAGUCAAGAUAUGAGUACGAAGCGGAUGAUCGAUGGGAUGGGCGUAGUCGGGAUCGUCCAUCGGACUAUGAAUUUGAGGAUCAUAAGUCUAGAAGGUAA